AUGCACACUCUCAAUUCCUCUGACAUUGAAAUCACCACCUUCUUCUUGGUUGGAAUCCCAGGACUGGAGCAUGUUCAUGUGUGGAUCUCUAUUCCCAUCUGCCUCAUGUACCUGGUGGCCAUCCUCGGCAAUUGCAUCAUCCUCUUUGUGAUCAGGACAGAAUCUUCACUCCAUACACCCAUGUACUACUUCCUUUCCAUGUUGGCCAUUGCUGACCUGGGCCUCUCUCUUUCAUCCCUUCCCACUAUGGUAAGGACGUUUGUUUUCAAUGCUACAGGAAUUUCCCCAAAUGUCUGCUUUGCUCAAGAAUUCUUUAUCCAUGGAUUCAUGGAUAUGGAGUCCUCAGUACUUCUGAUAAUGUCUUUUGACCGCUUUUUGGCCAUACGCAACCCUCUGAGAUACAGCUCUAUCCUCACCAAUGCCAGAGUUGCUAAGCUGUGCCUGGCGUUUUUCACUAAAAGCAUGCUUUUAAUGCUUCCAUUUCCUUUAGCUCUCAAAACACUGACAUACUGUAAGGAAAGCCUCCUUUCUCACCCCUAUUGUCUCCAUCAGGAUGUCAUGAACCUGGCCUGUUCUGACAACACAGUUGACUUUUUCUAUGGUUUUUUUGUUGCCCUCUCUAUGAUGUCAGACAGUGUAUUCAUUGCUCUGUCAUACAUAUUCAUCCUGAAGACUGUGAUGGGAAUUGGAUCCCACAAGGAACGGCUCAAGGCCCUCAACACCUGUGUCUCCCACAUCUGUGCUGUGCUCAUCUUCUACGUGCCCGUCACUGCUUUGGCCUUUCUGCACCGCUUUGGCAAGCAUGAGUCCCCAAGUGCCAUGAUCCUCAUUGCUGACAUUUUCUUGCUAGUGCCACCUCUGGUGAACCCCAUUGUAUACUGUGUAAAGACACAGCAAAUUCGUGAGAAAAUUCUGGGGAAACUGGGUCUAAAAUAA